AUGAAGGCCGCCGUCGUCUGCUUCUUGGCUCUCCUGGCUGUCGCCGCCGCCACCCAGCCGGCCGGCUCCCCACCACCACCCCCGCCUCCAAGCGGAAAGCCACCAGCCCCAGGUGGUGGAUCGCAGCCUCCUCCUCCCCCACCUACAGGAAAGCCAGCCCCAGUCCAGGGCGGCUCUCAGCCACCAGCUCCUGCCGCUUCGAAGGCACCCCUCCCAGCGUCGCCAGUCCCGGCUUCCAAGGCCCCUGCUCCAUCCGCAGCCGCCCCUGCUGCCACUUCCGCGAAGCCAGCUGGUCGCCGUUCCGUCGAGAACUUUUGCCUGGUAUACGUCGGCUCGGCAGCUACCGUCAACCUGUGCCAUUUCUUUUGGGGGUGUCCUUGUGCUAUUUGGGAGCUCAACGAUAGCUUCGAAGCAGGGAGCCUCGUGUUUGGUUUCGUCGCCAAUGCUUCUGUAUGCUAUAUGUAUACAGCCAGGAUCCCGGCCGGCUACGGUACCAUAGCAACGACCGCAUUUUGCGAGCUUAUCGUUUUAAUUUUAUUGGUGAAGCGGCAGGCGAGCAUCCCCGGCCGGCAGAGUCAACAUGGGUUGAGGAGACAAUUCAGAUUCGCUGGCCAGCUCGUAACUCACACCCUGUCUUCGAUGUUACUUACCGUACUCUCCAAUAUUGCGUAUGGUGGUGGCGAGGACAUAUUUUCCACUUUUCUAUUGUUUACCGCUAGCUGGCAGGCUAGCUGCUUGUGUGCUUGCUCUCUCUACAUCGUGUUUCAUGCGAUGCGAUUCAUGCGUUUCCCUACC